GAAUUUAUUUAGCAUUCUAUAGGAUCCUGCUGCAAUCUACAGCAUUCUGCUGUGCUCUACUGUUCUAUAUUCUGCUGUAUUCUACUACUGCAUUCUACUGCAUUUUACAGCAUUCUGAUGCAUUCUACUACAUUCAACUGUAUUCCACUACAAUCUGCAUUCUACAAAAUUCGACUUUAUUCUACUACAUUCCUCUUUACAAUUACUGAUCGCUGGUGGCUCUGGGUGGUUGACUAUGAUUGCUUUAUCACAGACACAGUCGCUCUUUAUUUUCAACACGCCAAAAGAAGAGCUCUUUAUUGACCUGUAUUGAUUUCCCUAUUGACAUCUGUUCACACACACAUGGGGGUCUCUCUUUCUCUCUCUCUCACAGUGCAUGCUGGGAGUUUUUUGGAGUUUGAGUGUUUGGUGUGGAGGGCUCUGUCCUAAUUUUUUUCUGGAUUCUGUCUUGGUCUUUUCUUUCAAUUUUAAUUUUCUAUGGUGGUGGGUUAAUGCAACAUUUGUUUUAGCGGUAUCCACAGGUUUUUUCAAAGUAGAGUGGAAGAGGACAGAGUUAGUUUCCUGGGGUUUGGAAGAUGGCUUCUCAGCCUAGCGCAGAGGAGACGCUGUCGUUACGGCAUGGAUUCAGGUGUGUUCCUGAGAAUGGAGUUAAGGUGGAGGAGGUUCUGCUCGCAGUCGGUGAACAGUCUGCUCGCAGUACUCGCGGGGCGUAUUCGCCAUCUUUGGCCUGUACGACAAGCGCUCGGUGCACACGCUGACGUCGUUCUGCGGGGCGCUGCACAUCUCCCUCAUCACGCCCAGCUUCCCCACCGAGGGAGAGAGCCAGUUCACGCUGCAGCUUCGGCCCUCCAUCCGCGGAGCGCUGCUCUCGCUACUCGAUCACUACGACUGGAACAAGUUUGUCUUCCUCUACGAUACGGACCGGGGUUAUGCCAUACUGCAAGCCAUCAUGGAGAAGGCGGGCCAGAACAGCUGGCAGGUGAGCGCCAUCUGUGUGGAGAAAUUCAACGACGCGGCCUACCGGCGCCUCCUGGAGGACCUGGACCGACGGCAGGAGAAGAAAUUUGUCAUCGACCUGGAGGCCGAGAGGCUCACCAACAUGCUGGAGCAGAUUGUCAGCGUCGGAAAACAUGUCAAAGGCUACCAUUACAUCAUGGCUAACUUGGGGUUUAAGGACAUCAACCUAGAGCGCUUCAUGCACGGAGGGGCCAACGUGUCGGGAUUUCAGCUGGUGGACUUCAGCAACCCCAUGGUCAUCAAGCUGAUGCAGCGCUGGAACAAGCUGGACCAGAGGGAGUACCCAGGCUCCGACAGCCCCCCGAAGUACACGUCGGCUCUGACGUACGACGGCGUGAUGGUGAUGGCAGAGGCCUUCAGGAACCUGCGUAGGCAGAAGGUUGACAUCUCUCGCCGGGGCAACGCUGGGGACUGUCUGGCUAACCCCGCCGCCCCCUGGAGUCAGGGCAUUGACAUGGAGCGCACCCUCAAACAGGUCUGGCUGCAGGGAUUAACAGGUAAUGUCCAGUUUGACCACUAUGGACGCAGGGUCAACUACACCAUGGACGUGUUUGAGCUGAAGAACAACGGACCCAGACGAAUGGGUUACUGGACGGAUUCAGACAAGCUGGUUCUGAUCCAGAAUGAAGCCCUCAAUCCCAACGAAAUCAUGGAGAACAGAACUGUCGUGGUCACCACUAUCAUGGAGGGUCCCUAUGUCAUGUUGAAGAAGAACUGGGAGCUGUACGAGGGCAACGACCAGUAUGAAGGCUACUGCGUGGACCUGGCCUCGGAGAUAGCCAAACACAUCGGCAUCAAGUAUAAGAUCGCUAUCGUUCCUGACGGAAAGUACGGCGCCCGGGACCCGGAGACCAAGAUUUGGAAUGGAAUGGUCGGGGAGCUGGUGUACGGGAAAGCGGAAAUCGCUGUGGCCCCAUUGACAAUCACGCUGGUCCGGGAGGAGGUGAUCGACUUUUCCAAGCCCUUCAUGUCACUGGGCAUCUCCAUCAUGAUCAAGAAGCCCCAGAAGUCCAAACCUGGGGUGUUCUCCUUCCUGGACCCGCUGGCCUACGAGAUCUGGAUGUGCAUUGUGUUUGCCUACAUCGGCGUGAGCGUGGUGCUCUUCCUGGUCAGCCGCUUCAGCCCGUACGAGUGGCACACCGAGGAGCCCGAGGAGGGCACCGACGGUCCGCCCAGCGACCAGCCCCCUAACGAGUUCGGCAUCUUCAACUCCCUCUGGUUCUCCCUGGGCGCCUUCAUGCAGCAGGGCUGUGACAUCUCCCCCAGGUCUCUAUCUGGGCGUAUCGUGGGUGGUGUGUGGUGGUUCUUCACCCUCAUCAUCAUCUCCUCCUACACGGCCAACCUGGCUGCUUUCCUCACAGUAGAGAGGAUGGUGUCGCCCAUAGAGAGUGCUGAAGACCUGGCUAAACAGACAGACAUAGCCUACGGCACCCUAGACUCCGGCUCCACUAAAGAGUUUUUCAGGAGGUCAAAGAUCGCAGUCUACGAGAAGAUGUGGGGCUACAUGAAGUCGGCCGAGCCGACUGUGUUUACCAAGAACACCCAGGAGGGGGUUGUACGUGUGCGGAAGAGCAAAGGGAAGUACGCUUUCCUAUUGGAGUCAACUAUGAAUGAGUACACGGAACAGCGGAAGCCCUGCGACACCAUGAAGGUCGGCGGAAACCUGGACUCCAAAGGAUACGGAGUGGCCACCCCCAAGGGUUCACUGUUAAGAAGCGCAGUUAACCUGGCAGUGUUAAAACUGAAUGAACAAGGCCUGUUGGACAAAUUGAAAAACAAGUGGUGGUACGACAAGGGAGAGUGUGGCAGCGGCGGAGGUGGCGAGAAGGACAAGUCGUCUCAAGCCCUGUCGUUGAGCAACGUGGCGGGGGUCUUCUAUAUCCUCGUGGGGGGCCUGGGCCUGGCCAUGCUGGUGGCCCUCAUUGAGUUCUGCUACAAGUCCCGGAACGAGGCCAAGCGAAUGAAGCUGACCUUCACAGAGGCCAUGAGGAACAAGGCACGCCUGUCGAUCACAGGCAGCGUGGGGGAAAACGGACGUGUCCUGACGCCUGACUGUCCCAAAGCGGUCCACUCGGGCCCCUCACUCCGCCAGAGCUCCGGCCUGGCCUUGGUCUCCUCCGAGCUCCCGUGAAAACCAAAAACCUUCAAAGUGCCUUAAAAAACUACCUACCCACAACCACCAUAUACCACAAAGACACAGGACAAGCACCACCCUAACCGGACACCACUAUUGUCUGGGAAGAGAAGGACUAUCUAACGUUGUGGACAUUUUCUAAUGUAGCAGAGAUGGGGACUCUAGUGAAUUGGUGGUCAUUUUAAAAGGAUUUCUGUGGAAAAGUACAAUCUGGAUUUUCACUAUGGUCACGCUGGGGCUUAUUGUAAUCAUGGUGGCGUUUCUCGGUGGAGAGGUGGAGAUUGCGUCUGACAUGUUCCACUCAAGACCCUGUACCAACUUACCAUACCUCGCACUGGCGAAGGAAGAGGAGGAGAAACGAGAGUCAAGUGAAAAUUAAAAGUAAAUGACCAGAAAACUGUAAACUUUAAACGUGUAACUGUGUAACUCUGGGUUGCUGACUGUGAAUUGGCAAACUGAAUCACAAUCAAAAAGUGGACAAUAUUUAUUACCAGUUGAGAACAGUGUUUGAAAGACAACUGUCAGUCAACAAUUCACUAAAUAUAAAUCCCUGACAUCAAGAGGCGGAGUGUCCCCCGGUGUCACCAUGGAGAUAAACUAUAAUUAUUAAUGAACUACAGUAACUCUUGACAAUUAAUAUAUGAUAAAUAAACUGUGAAGAUUUAGUAAAUAUGUAUAUUCUGUGAAGACAAAGCUAAAGAAAAAAUAUUUGCGGUACAUAGAGGAGACUGCAUAACAUGCUUGCUUUUUAAACAGAUGUAAAUAGCUGAUUCGGUAGUGGACAGAAGACUGUUCUCUUUUUGUAAACAUCUUUAAAGAAAUAAUUCAUCGCAAUAAUGGAUAAGACGUUUGAGGAGAGACAUUGAGACAGUGUUUUAUUUCUUCGAUGUUCAGUACACAGAGUACUGUGUUCAGAAGACAGAGUGCUGAACAUUCAUGCUCAAUGUUCCAUGGGUAUAGUAUCAACUCUGCCCAUCCAGAUACCUGUUCCCUACAUAUUAAUAUAUUCAGCGAUGAAUGUUAACUAGCCCCACCCAAUCCUCUAGCCCCACCCCAUCCUCUAGCCCCACCUCCUCACUGUGCAGUCGUAGACCAGAAAGUGUCUCUCAUAGACCAAACUUUACAUUUAAGCCCUUUACUUGCGUUUCCGCUGUCAAAAUCGAACUAUAUAUCGUUCGAUCAUUUUUUUUGUAACGAACAAAUACACAAACUGUCCAUCUCCUGGUUUUUCAGCGUCUUUUCAACGUUCACGGCUGUUGAACGUCUCUUUAUCUGGGUAGAUAUUUUAGAUUAUUGUGUGUGGAGAGUAUAACGCAAAAAUGAAAUGUGAAAUGAGAAAAAAAAAUUGUUCUCAUUGCUAUAUUAUUUUGAGAGUCAAAGCUAUUUCCUAUACAGUAUUUAUUAAUAAAAAAUCAUGAAGAAGAA